UCCUCUUCCAGCUUUUGGACUGUUUGUGUGUCAGUAUUGUGGCUUUAUUACAAACAUUACCAUCGUGGUACACGUUUCCAAGACUUGUUUCCACACAAACAGGGGUAGCAGAUCUGCGUGACAUCCUGUUGUAAAGAUGGACUUUAUUAAAGAAGAGAGUGAAGACAUGACUGAUCUAAAACCAUGCAGAAUAAAAAGUGAAGAGACAGAGGAACAAAUAGAUUUGAAGGUGAAAGAAGAAAGUCAAGAUCUGAAUGAAGAGCAAAAGUACCAGCACCAUCACUACAAGAAUCCUUCUAUUUCCAUGAAUGGAGGAAAAUCUUUUAGUUUCUCAGAGAGUGAAAAGAAUUUUAACCAAGAAACAACAAAACAAAAUAAAGCCAAAAAUUCCUUUACUUGCUGUCAGCUUGAAAAUAGUUUCACAGACAAAAAUGUCUCCCAUAAAAGUCCCAAAAGAAUUCACACUGGAGAGAAGCCUUACACAUGCCCUCAUUGUGGGAAGAAUUUAAAAUCCCAUGGAAACCUUACCAUGCACAUGAAAGUUCAUACUGGAGAGAAACCUUUUACAUGCCAUCAGUGUGGAAUGAGUUUCAUUCAAAAAGUAAACCGGGAUACUCAUAUGAGAAUUCACACUGGAGAAAAGCCUUACAAGUGUCAUCAGUGUGGAAAGGGUUUCACCCAGAAAGGAAACCUUAAUAUGCACAUGCAACUUCAUACUGGAGAGAAGCCUUUCACAUGCCUUCAGUGUGGGAAGAGUUUCACACAUAAAGGAAGAAUUAAUUCGCACAUGCGAAUUCAUACUGGAGAAAAACCUUUCACGUGCCAUCAGUGUGGAAAGGGUUUCGCGCGGAACGAAACUCUUAAUAUGCACAUGCGAGUACACACUGGAGAAAAACCUUACACGUGUCAUCAGUGUGGAAAGGAUUUCACACAGAAAGGAACCCUUAAUAUUCACAUGCGACUACAUACUGGAGAGAAGCCUUUUUCAUGCCAUCAGUGUGGAAAGGGUUUCACACUGAAAGGAACCCUUAAUAUGCACAUGCAAAUUCAUACUGGAGAAAAGCCUUUCACAUGCCUUCAGUGUGGGAAGAGCUUCACUCGUAAAGGACGAUUUAACUCGCACAUGCGAAUUCACACUGGAGAAAAACCUUUCACAUGCCAUCAGUGUGGGAAGAGCUUCAUACAGGCAAGAAGUCUCAAAAAUCAUCAGUGCUCUGCUGUACAAUCAGUCCAAAACACACAACUGAACAUUGAUGCAAAUGGGAAGCCUUACCUAUGCUCUCUUUGUGGAAGAAGUUUUUCAAAUCUGCAAGGUUUUAAAAAGCACCAGGCAAUACAUACCAGUGAGAAAGCUCACGAGUGCUCAGAGUGUGGUAAAGUCUUUACUAGAGCUCGUGAAUUGAAAAUGCACACAAGAAUUCAUAAUGAAAAAAACAAUCAUAUGCAGCUAGUGGAAAAGUUGAGCGACAGCGAGGAUGAAGAGGCACCGAUCUUCGUGGACUUGAAGAUAGAGCUCGCCAGAGGACAAGUGGAUGGCAUGCAUGGAUGUGAACGGCACAGACGUCUCACUAAAACUGGACACAGCGGCGCAGCGAAACCCGAUGGAGAACUGAAACUGGGUAUAGAUCCAAAAGACUUGAAUAAAGGGAUACGACGUGAGUACUAUAGACUACAGCUGUCGGUGUUAGAUGGAGUUCCGCUAAAAGGCACAAAGAUAGUCAUACCUACCUCCAUGUUGAGAUACCAGCAACCCAAAGAGCCAAUUAAUCCACAAGACAAACCAAAGGAACCAUGGAGGAAGGUUGGAAUGGACCUGUUUCAACUGAAAGACAAAGACUACUCAUGGACUAUCAUUCCAAUUACCCAGAAUUUGUGUAAUAUUCGCACUCCAUUGCAUUCCAAUGACUGUAAUAAGCGACAAUGGACCGCAAUUCAGAAGUCAGUGGACUUUGUGAAAAUGUACGGGUUUGAGCACAUAACAUCAAGUCCUCUUUACCCACAAUCCAACGGAUUAGCGGGGAAAGGGGUGCAAAUCAUGAAACACCUUCUGAAGAAAGCCACAGAAACUGGGGAAGAUCCAUACCUGGGUAUUCUCAAAUACAGGGCAUCACCACUAGAGAAUGAGUCUUUCACCAAUGGAAAUGCUCAUGAAUCAGAAACUAUGGACAAGGCUCCCAUCAGCAAAGCAUCACAUGAAAUGAUGGAGUUUAUUAAAGAAGAGAAUGAAGACAUCAGUAUUACACAAUCAUGCAGAAUUAAAAGUGAAGAGACGGAGGAACAAAUAGACCUGAAUGUGAAAGAGGAAAGUCAAGAACUGAAUGAAGAGGACAAGAAAUAUAACACAGAAUCAACUGACCGAAAAAAAGCCAAAAAGCCCUUCACCUGCUCUCAAUGUGGAAACUGUUUCAUAGCCAAAAAAAGUCUCAAGUGUCACAUGAGAAUUCACACUGGAGAGAGGCCCUACAUGUGCCAAGAGUGUGGGAAGAGUUUUGUUUAUAGUGGAAGCUUUGCUGUGCACAAGCGAAUUCACAAAAACGAGAAGCUUUUCACGUGCCAUCAGUGUGGAAGGGGUUUCACAGUGAAAGAAAAUCUUAAAAUGCACAUGAGAAUUCACACUGGAGAAAAGCCUUUUACAUGCCAAGAGUGUGGAAAGAGUUUUGCACUAAAAACAGGUCUUAAGGUUCACCUGAGAAUGCACACUGGAGAGAACCCUUUUACAUGCCAAGAGUGUGGGAAGAGUUUCACACAAAAAAUAAACCUACAGACUCACAUGAGAUUUCACACUGGAGAGAGACCAUACACUUGCCAAGAGUGUGGGAAGAGUUUUGUUUAUAGUGGAAGCCUUGAUGUGCACAAGCGAAUUCACACUAAAGACAAGCUUUUCUCAUGCCAUCAGUGUGGAAGGGGGUUCACAGUGAAAGGAAACCUUAAUAUUCACAUGAGAAUUCACACUGGAGAGAAGCCUUUCACAUGCCAACAAUGUGGAAAGAGUUUUGUACAAAAAACAGGUCUUAAGACACACAUGAGAAAGCACACUGGAGAGAACCCUUUUACAUGCCAAGAUUGUGGGAAGAGUUUCACAAGAAAAAUAAACCUACAGACUCACAUGAGAAUUCACACUGGAGAGAGACCCUAUGUAUGCCAAGAGUGUGGGAAGAGUUUUAAUAAUAAUGGAAGCUUUUUUGCACACAAGCGAAUUCACGCUAAAGAGACACUUUUCACGUGCCGUCAGUGUGGAAAGAGAUUCACAUAUAAAGGAAACCUUAAAAUGCACAUGAGAAUUCACACUGGAGAGAGGCCUUUCACAUGCCAAGAGUGUGGAAAGAGUUUUAUUUGUAAUGGAAGCCUUAUUGUGCAUAAACGGGUUCACACUAAAGAGAAGCUCUUCACGUGCCAUCAGUGUGGAAGGGCUUUUGCACGGAAAGGAACCCUUAAAAUGCACAUGAGAAUUCACACUGGAGAGAAGCCUUUCACGUGCAAAGAGUGUGGAAAGAAUUUUGCGCGUAGAGAAGCACAUCGUUUGCACAUGCGAAUUCACACUGGUGAGAGACCAUUUACAUGCCAUCAGUGUGGAAAGGGUUUCAUACAGGCAAAGAGACUCAAAAUACAUCAGUGCUCACACCUGUAAAUUCAUGGAAAAGUGAAGCCUUAAGCAGUGCCUGUGGCAUUCACAGAAGGGGGCAGCAGGGCCGAGAGUCCCUUUAAUUCACAAAUCUAAAGGUACCCUUUCUGUCGUUCAGAAAAAGGGGAGAAUUUGUAAUAAUUAAAUAAAAAUAGUUAAAUAAAUAAAAAUUUAAUCUCAUAAUAUCUUUUGUUAAAGAAAAUUAAGCGGAGGUGCCUUUAACAGCAAACGCAACACCAGAUUGAGGCAGAUUCCAAUUGUAAGUGAUCCUCCUUAUGCCCUACUCUCUCCGAACUGAGCCCUUGAAGUGGGUACUCUGGAGGAAACAUGGCAUUACUGUGAAUUUGCCUUUUGCUUACGUGGAAAGGCCCUUCGAUAAAAGACUAAUUUUCUAACAUUCAUUUUGAUUGAGCUUUCGAAUAGCAUCCCCUCCCGCAGCAUUGUCCUUCAAGGGAGAAAUAACGCAGAUUGCAAUUUGCCCCGUAACAUCAAAGUGCUGUUACCUCAGAUGAGUAACAGGUCAGAUAAAAAGCCCACUCCAUGUAUUGUGUUUGAAGUUCAUCAAAAGAAUAAAACUUGAUUGCUACCACAUUUUCGACAUCGCACACUUGUGGAGUGUACACAGAUAUAUUAAUUAUAAUAGGAGUUGCCGUGUUGCUUUCAGUGAUAGAAAUUCAAAUAGUCUUUUAUAAAACACAUUAAUAAACUGAAGGAGCUAUCUGGUUCAGCCAAAGCUAGUUUGUUUUUGUUUAAACUAAUAAAUGAUUAGACUAAUCACUUUUUUUUAUAUAAAAUACCAUUUUAUUCCCAUUUUUUGGACAUGUAGUCUACACUGAUAACCAUUCAAAACCAUAGUACCAGCUUGACAUAAUUUUACCAUGAUUCCGCCAUAUUAUUGUUGUAAGGUCCUAUAUAUUAAUGUAUAAAUAUUAAUGAUAGAAUACAGUAAAAUAACAUAAAUAUUAAAACUAAUGAAGAGAAAUUAAUAUAAGAAGUGUCAGUUACAUAAAGAUGAUUAUGGGGGUCGAGUGGAAGCAGCAGAGAUGAAAGUGAAAAGAGUGAUUAGACAAGAAAAACACGACAGCCCUAAUCAAAAAGCUCUGUGCUGUUACCAGGGUAAUAACAUGGUACUGAAUGAUUAUGACAUUUAUUUGUCAUGGUACUCCAAGCAAGGUACUUUGAAAAAUACCAUGGUUUUACUGUGACUCGUGUCAAAAACAUGGGAAUCCCUUUCGAUUCAGUUCACUCGACAUUGGGAGAAAUUGCUUUGAAGAUUCCUUCUCCGACUACCUAGUUGAAGCCCUUGUACAAUAAUGCCAAUCCUAUGAUUGGCAAUGAUGUUUGAACCUGGCCCCUUUAGGUGCUCAGUUGGCCUAUAUUUGCAGGCGCAAAAUAUUAAUUUCUUCAGAUCUUUCUUCCUUCAAGACAGCGACGUUAUCUCUCGUCUUGGAAGCCCUCUCUGCUUCGCUGUCGAGAUACGCUUCUUCAGCGGACAGGAUCUUCUCUGCAGAAGUGUACAGGACGACUCAUCACCAUCAGUACUACUCAGUGCCUGCUGUGAGAAAACGCACUGCUCCCCUGAAGUGUUCCAGCAAAAUUCUUUCCACCGCACUGUCAAAGACGCUUGAGGAGGAACGGCACCUCAAGUUUGAGAUGGAUGAAUUUGAGGAGGAUCUUGCACCAGCGCAACCCAUUCUUUAGUGUCUGUCUCAGUUCAAACUUUCAAUGGGCUUCAGGUCUGGAGAUUGGGCUGGCCAUAACAGGGUCUUGAUCUGCUGCUCCACAUGAGCAUUGUCCUGCUGGAAAUGCCAAUCCUCAGAGUUGGGGAACAUUGUCAGAUCGGAAGGAAGCUAGUUUUCUUCCAGGAUAACCUUGUAUGUGGCUUUAUUUAUGCGUCCUUCACAAAUACAAAUCUGCCCGAUUCCAGCCUUUCUGAAGCACCCCCAGAUCAACAUCAAUCUUCCACCAAAUUUCAAAAUUUACAGUGGGUGCGAGACAAUGUGGCUUGAAGUCCUCUCCAGGUCUCCGUUUAACCAGUAGAUGACCAGGUGGAGUUAUAUGGUUCAUAUAGAUUCCCAGGCUGAGAUUAACUUUCCAGCUGGUUUUCACCAUGUGGGGUUAAUCAUUAAAUUAUACACUUGGACAUGUCUUAAUAAGUCACCAUCCUGUAGGCCUGUGACUUCCUAUACAUAUUCUUUUUCAAGUGUUUAUACCUCUGGGGGUAUGAUGUCAUGUAGUGCGGCAUGAUGGGACUUUGUUCCCCAAAAUCAUUCCUCGCAAUGACGAGUGAACUGAAUCUCAGAGAACAUCUCUGGUUACACAUAACCUCGGCUCCCUGAGAUUAAGGGAAGAAGACAUUGCGAAAGCUAGCCACACCACUACUUCAGAGUAAUCGAGUGAUGCUGUACUGUUGUCCCUCAUUCAGAAAAUUCUGAAGAAAUUGUGAUUUUGCGCCCACUUAUAUAGGCCAAGUGCACGUUUAAAGGGCCUGGGCUCAAACACCAUUGCCAAUCACAGGAUUUCUGUUAUUGUACAAGGGCUUCAACUAGGUUAUCUGAGAAGGAAUCUCCAAAGUGAUUUCUUGCAAUGCCUCAUUCCCUUCAUCUCAUUAAACCAAGGUUACAUGUGUAUCCGGAGAUGUAAUUAGACAGUGUCUGAAAAUAAAUAAAUACCAUGGUGCUUUUUGUGAGAAAUAUAACAGAAUUGCCUUAUUUGUGGUAAAGGCAACAAAUGAAGAAGAAAAAAUUAUACAGUAUUUACUAUAAUAAAAAAUACUCAAAAAGCAAAGAAAUUAGUCAAGAAUACAUAAUAAAAUCAGAGCCAGUUUUCAUUCUUCUGCCCCUGUUCCUGCUAUGGUCUGUGCACGUCACUGAGCCGUGCCCUCACUGCACGACUAUCAGACUACCUGAAACUCUGUACUGCUUACAUUACACAAGAUUUCUUGUAAUCUGUAUUCUUGUUGUCGUAGCAGCUGGAGGAAUGGGUUUACCCUUAUCUCUUUGGCUGAUUGAUGUUGCACACAUUCACUUGUAAGUGUUAUAAUCAAAAGGUAUUUACAGUCUUCUUAAUUAUGUUCAUUUAUUCUUGUUGUAAUCAUUAGGAUGCUACGAUGUGUAAUUUCUGGACCAAUACUGAUAACCAGUAAUUCACAGCUUAUUGUGACCGAUAAUAAUAAAAAAUAAAAUCUCGAUGUGUUAGAUUGUCACCAUAAUUGUGAUUUGCAUGUGAAGUGUUGACGCUCAUGCAUGUCUCUUUGACGAGCUUAAGUCUGAAUAUGAUAGAGGGAUGUGAUGUUGGUCUUUGACCAUCAACUGGACAUUUACCACCAAAUGGCAGUUUAAUUUACUUCUGACAAUGGGAUAGGCCUAACUACUUCCAUGGUUAUCAAUAAUAUUAAAAGAUAAUAUAAGUAUUGAAUUUGUAUAUUCACUUUGAAUGUCUUGGGAUGUAGUUGAUUAAACAAAGAAACUAAGACAUAAAGCUCAUUUUAAGUUUGGUUUAAAUUAUGUUCCGUUUAAACAACUUUUCCUUUUAAGUUGACUCAAUUUAAAAUUAAGGCAUGACAAACUCUUUUGUUAAGUUGAAACAAGAUUUUUACACCCAUCUAUACAAAUUCGAAGAGAAGUCUGAUGUUGUGUAGUUGGGACUGGAACAUUCUUUGAUCCAGGUGAAAGGCCAACAUCUCAAGUUUUCAUGUUCUCACGAACUGGAGCUCCUGCAAUGAAACCAAAACAAUUCAAGAAUCAGCAACGAUUAUUAUAUACAGUAAAUAUAACUUGAGGCUAAAAACACUCACUGUGCAGAACAUGCUGCAUAUUUGAAAUAAAAUAAAAAAUUAGUUUGAAGCUACGUCCACAAUAAUACGUUUUAGUUUCAAAACAUCUUUUUCUCUAUGUUUUGGCAUAUCCACACUGGGACAUUGUUUUUGACAGUAGAAAUGGAGCAUUUAGAGAAUGCUCUCCCAAGUGGAUACAUUUGAAAACGCUGUAUUUGCAUUGUAUUGUGGACAGGGAAAAGAGAACAAUCUGAAAACAUUUUUUAAAUGUAUCUGGACGUAGCCUGAGAAUGUCUCUGUGAUGCAUUCAUCUUCCACAGGCUCAUGAGAGUGUUACAGAUCAAGCACGAGUUUCAGUCAUAAAAUGAGCAAAUACUUCAAUGAAGUUUAUAAAAUAUGAAAGUGAUUAUUGUGAAGGUGGUUGUGUUUAAAUACUCAUAAACAAUAUAAUGAAUAAGCACCAUUUAUUUAAGUAAAUGUUUGGCAGGUGUUAAAUGGCUCUUUUGCUGUCAGAGAUUUACCACAUUUGACAUAUAGGCUAGUGACAUGGUAUCCAAAUGUAACAUUUCUCAACAAAGAUAGUACAAUUAUAGUACAGGUUAUCUGGAAAGCAGGGUAUUACGUUUAUGUUACCACAAUGUUCUCCAUGGGAUUUAUUAGUGACAUUUUUUGAGACAUGGCCACAAUAUUUAUGGAACGUUAGCCAAGAUUUAAAAAAAUGGAACUUUACCUAGAUGUUGUCACAACGUUGUCAUAAAGUAAUGUCACGCCGAUGAAAGGAACACUAACUGGCAAUGUCAUCAUAACAUACGGUGUUUGCUGGGAAUAACCUAAAAGCACUAUUAUAAGGUCAUAUUCCAAAUGACUCCCGCUGCAUUCAAAGUCCUCCGCAGUCACACAAUAGCUCCGUGUGAGGAACAGAAUAAAAUUGAAGGUUAUAAUGCUGAAAAUCUUUAAAUCUCAUUAAAAAUGUGCAUCAAAAUAAACUUUUAUUUUUAGAAUGAUUUGUGUUGCAGUUGCCCAAAUGUUGAGUGGGGUAUCCAUGGAGCAUCCAGCUACCAAACAACAUGAUCUACAUUUUAAUAAUGACAUUUUAUGACAAUCGUGUUUAAUGUUAUUAGCGUUAAUCAUGUUAAAGUCACUAUGAAUGAAGCACCUCCCACUGUUGUUUUGAAUGAGUAUUAAAACUAGCAGAAAAUGUUCAAGAGAUAAAGACGUCACUUCCUUAACCUGUUGAUACGCACCCCCUUUUUGAGCACAAACCAUGAAAAUGACAUACCUGAACUUAAACGGUUGUAUUUACUGGACCCUUUGGAGUAUGGACACAGUUGUAGUAUCUUUUGAAAGAAGACAAUAAUAAAAGUACCAAGACAACCCAGAAAUACAAUGUUAUCAAAGCCACAAGUCUAAAGAAGUUAUGUUUCAAAUUUGAAGAUGAUCUAACAAAAAAUUUGGUUCCUGCAAGCUUUUGUCUCUGUAAAAUCGCUGGAAUCGUACAGAGUAAAAUUGAGGCUCUGCCAUUCAAGACGACACAAAAUCUGACUGCACUGCUCGACUAUUAUGAAUAAAAUUAUGCCCCAUUUUUAAAAACAGACUUUGAGGCGGUAUCUCAUGUACAUAAUGGAGAAUAUAUCAAUAAUUCCCAGAUUUAUCACUUUUAUGGACAAAAAGUGCUAUUGGAUGUUUUUCAAUGAACGCUUGACAUGGACAGUUGAUCAAAGUGUGGCGAACUGGAUUCAUCUGGCAAUCGUGUUUUCAUAAAGGUAUGAACUCCUGUUUUGAUAUUGCAUGGUUUGAUAUUGCAUUGGCAAGCGAAUUGCUUUCAAUGAGAAACCUUUGUAGUCAAUAGACUCGCAAAGAGCAUUUGAAUUUUAUCAUCGUGAAAUUAGACAUUUAGGUACAAUUCUUUCAUUAUGACAUGAUAUAUGUUGGGCUUUUAUUUCCAUUUAUUAUUAUUAUUUUCAUUUAUAGUAUUUAAAGUUUAUUCAGCAACAUUUAAUAGUUUGUUGUGGUUAAUGUUUAAUCAGUUGUUUUCUGUAUGCAUCUCUGCUGGAGUGACCUGUUUUGUUCUGCGUGUUCCUAGACUUCUGUUCACUUUGCGUAAAGAACAGAUCCAAAUUAUUGAACAAUCACAGUCAUUUUAAGAUGCAAUAAUUGCCCCAUCAAGAAGCAUUAUGUCACAGGAUUGACCGAUGUCAUUGGUGCCAUUGACGUGCAUGUCUCGAUUUCAGGGUCUGGUUGCAUAAAUCUGUUUUAGACGAGUCUUACAAGUUAGUUGUCUAAAACGUUUAUUUAAGAUUAGUCUUAACUUUUUCAGUCAGUUGCAAAAAAACUUAGAUAGGUCUAAUUUAAGACCAGAAUGUAACACUGUAUACCCCUGGCUAAAGCAGUCCCUAACAGUAAUGAGGACAGCACUGACGAAGAGCUGCGCUGGUCUGCCACCACUGCUUUAGGAUAGAGUUUGUAUAGUGUUGUCAGCUGUGUUUAUAAUGAGAAGAAAUGGUCCUCACUAAAUUUUUAAAUAAAACAAUGGUUCAUUCAGACUUUUUAUUCCUCAUUCAGUAUUGUUCCUCGGCCACAAGGCCUCUUAUGCCCCAUACAUUAUUGAAAUGUUGAAUUACAGGAUAGUGUCUAAAUAAUGUCUUUAAUGUACUUACGUGCUCAUUCAGCUUCAAAACUAACAGAUGAUCUUUUAAUAUUUGUAUCAAAGUAAAAUUCAUGAUUAAACUCAAAUGACUCCACUACUUUGCCUGUGUCUGUGGUCCCCCACUGUCUUCUUAUAGUUAAGGGCCUUCUUAAUGGUGUAAAUACUGGACAAGCUGUUUUGAAGAGACAAUGUUGACUAUUAAGGAUUGAUUAUUUUU